CUACGUUAGAUUGAUCGGUGAGAGUGUGUAUGUGUGUUUUGGUUCUUUUAUCGUGUUGUCGGAGUAGAUAGUCUCGCUGGAGUAAUUAGUAGUACCCAAUAUUUGUAAAGUAACUUCCGGUUGUGCUUACCGACAUGUGGCUGUGUAUUAAAUUGGACAUGAAGUUUUGUGUAUUAAGAAAUGGAAAACACCAAAGAUAAAUUAGUGAAAGGGCUGACAUCAAAUCCGAAGUACCUUCCUCACUGGUAUAACUACGACAAUGUCGGGUCUGAAAUUCAGUACAGGACAGUCACGGAACCGUUAGCCUACUAUUCUACCAGGAGUGAAAUGUCCAUUCUGAAACACAGUGUACAGGAUUUUAUCCCACAAGUUCCACACGAUCUGACAUUGGUUGAUCUUGGAAGUGGAAACUGCUUCAAAAUAAGGCUUGUCAUAGAUGAACUGCUGAGAAGGCAAAAAAACCUUACGUUCUACCCAGUAGACAUUUCUGAAAGCUUUCUAAUGAAAUCAGCCAAGGCUUUGUCAGAGGAAUACGAUUGUUCUCUUGUAGUGAGACCUGUAGCUGCGGACUACGUAACAGGAAUAGAGCAACUGAAACGCGUGGAUGGUUUUAAGUUGAUAACUUGGUUCUGCGGUAUCCUCAACUUACCGUAUAAUGAACAGGUGGAUAUCCUCAGAAUGAUUUCCACGGUGAUGACAGACAAGUGUGUGUUCGUGUUCAGUGCAGACGUGACACAAGACAAAGAGGCCAUCAUACAGGCCUAUCAUGACAAAGAAGGUCUCGUACAGGCAUUCAAUCAGCACGCCAUUGCAAAGUUGAACGAAGAAGAAGGAAGUCGGAUCAAUCUAGACAUGUUUACAUACAAUGUAGAUUUUAUAUCUGACAGUAAUCCGCAAUAUAUGAGCUACACGAGGGCCUACCUGCAGUCAAAGGAAGACAUUUGUUACUCAAUACCUGGACUUGGUAUUGACCUGGUAAUGGAGAAGGGGGAACACCUUUAUUUCCACGAGGGAGAUGGAUUCAGCUGUAAAUAUAAUAUGGAACAGCUACAAAACAUUGUGAAGAAAGCCGGACUUUGCCUGGCGGACAGCUGGCUUGACGAAGAGAAACACGUUGUCUUUCUCCAAUGUACAACUGUAUAAAUUGCUUAAAUUAAAAUACUUAUAAAGUUUACAAGCUUUAUACAUGGA